GCUCGGUACUGCUGCUAGUUUCCGGCCAAUUCGUGAUAAAAACUGAGGUUCCGAUCCAGUACAGAUUCGGCCUUUACCCGUCGGAUAACCGACUAAAAUGGCUGAGAGGACUUAACGGAGACCGAAGGAUCCACGGGGCUAAAGACAGGUGAACGGAGCGGAAACACCUGAGACAGGUCAGCUGUACCAGUCUUCGACAUGCUCUCUCGACCGCUCACACUGAAUGAGAGUGAUGACAGGCGGCGGAGCCUGGUAGCAGUAACUCCACCUCAUGUUCUCCCAUUGGAUGAGGAUGAUGAUGACACACAAACAGCUCCUCCUCAUCCGCCUCCACCUAUUUUAGCUCCGCCUCCUCCAUCUGCUUCCGCUCUUCCUUAUGCACCUUCAUUUCCUCCCAUUACUCAUUCAGUUUCCCCUCCAUUAGCCACUCCUCCUCCUCUUCCUCCUCCCUGUUGCCCCUGUGCUUCCCUCCUGCCUCGUCUCCUUUCAGCCCAUCGGAUGGAGGUACGGCGCCUCCUGCGUGGAGCUCUAGCAUCUCUCAGUCGUCGUCUGAACUCUCUGGAAAAGAGCAGAAGGAAGCGGAAGAAGAAAAUGAGCAGCCAGAAAGAAAAAGAAGGAUGUUCUCAUGGCUCACCUGUCUUUGGGUCCAGCUCCACUUCCUCUUUCUCCUGUAGCCCUCCGCCUCUCCCAUCUCUCACCCUCUCUACUUCAUCAUCAUCAUCAUCAUCAUCAUCAGACAGUGAGCAGUUGCCCUCGCCUCCUCUUUCCUCAAGUUCCAGCCAAUCACAACAGAGGAAGAGGAGGAGGCGAGAGAAGGAGAUGGUGAACAGGAGGAAGAAGAGGAGGAGGAAGAACCACAGAGGAGAUUUCAGCAUUUCUCCAGAAAAUAAAGAAGAGGAUGAGGGAGAGGGGAGAUUUGUGGGGCGGAUGGCUGUCUGCGUCAGAGGAGGAAGCAAGGAAGAGGAAGAGGAGGAGCCUCUCACUCUGUAUAACUUCAGCCCUAGGAAGAACAGAAGAACAAAGGAAGGGGAUUCCAGCCAAUCAAAGAAGGCUAUCAGUGUGUUUGUCAGGAAGAACGGUUAUGGUGCGCUGCCGGCGCCACUGCUAGACAGCUUCUCCCAUCAUGCUUUGCACCACCUCCAGUCAGCUGAGAGUUUGACGAGCAGCCAAUCAGGAGUCUUUACUGUCUCCUCUGGCAAGUGGCAUUUUUCAAACUUCACCCAUCCCAUUGACCUGUCCUCCAAUCACACUGCUUUCCACCUCUGGCUUUGCUCCGCCUCUUAUUCAGUUAGCCCAGCCCCCAUGCUUCACCUACCAGCAGCUACCGUGGAGAUGGUGUUGGAUUCAGUGAAAGGUGGAGCUUGUUGGAGUCCGCUGCGGCCCCUGAAGGACUGGACAGCCCCGCCCAGCCUGAGCAGUGACCACUGUUAUGUUCGGACGCUGACAUCAAGCCCAGUACUUUCUGCCCGGCAACAGCAGAAGCAGCGAUCCAGUCACAGCACUCGGAGCCUCUACCUACCCCAGAGACGACCCCUGCCCCUCCCUGCUUGUUCAGCCAAUGGACUGCCUACUUUGCUCCCAGCCGGCCAAUCAGCGGUCAGCUCAAGGUUUCUCAGCACAAAUGGAGAGCAUGGUAAACGGGUCUCUCAGAUUCGGAUCCGCCGGGCAUCACCACGAGAAAUGCUGCUCACACCAAUGGGACUGCCAAAGGUCAAAAGGUUAAAGAAAAAAGAGUUCAGUCUGGAGGAGAUUUACACCAACAAGAACUACAAAUCCCCCGCUAACAACAGGAGUCUGGAGACCAUCUUUGAAGAGCCACGGGAGAAGGACGGAGCGCUGCUCCUGAUUGGCCACCAGAAGAGACGCAGGCUCCUUCUCUUUCCUGACUUCACACAGCCCAGGAAGAGGAAGAGACCACAAGGGGCAGGACUUCCUGUCACCACAGUACCCAGGAAACGAUCGGCUGCUCGGCGACAUUGCCACAGCAAUGGUGGCGAUGACGCGGACCUUGACGUGAUGCUGGUGGAGCGACUGAGUGCACUCGAAGACUUCCUGACACGACAGGGCCUGGAUGUCUGAGCUGUAACAUAACUUCCUGUCAGCUGAGAAAAGGCCAAAAAAAUGAGCUGCUACAGUGCCUGCUGACACUGCGUAACCAUAGUAACAUUAUCAGGCAGUCCGACAGUGGGCAGGUUUUUUUUUUUUUUUUUUUUUAUUUUAUUUUAUUUUUUAAACAAUGAGAAUGUGAAAUGUGAACCUGCUUUGAUCUUUUUAUAGUUUGAAACCACGCCCCCUGCAGGGCUCACAUGAAAAAAAAAAUGUGACAUGUACUUUGAGCUAUUCAAGAGGGCGGAGCUUAUAAACACUAUGCUGCUGAUAAGACCCGUGACUCUGAGCAUGCCCCAGCUAUUUUUUUUUUUUCUCCCCACAUUUAUUAAAGUUGACCAACCUUCCCACCCUCAACCCCACACCAUGCACAUGCUGUACUCUGCAGUACUCUGUGCACAGUGCAGUACUCUACUGUGUGUACUGGGUAGUGCUUUGCAGUACUGUGUGUACUGGAGGUUGUGUAUUUUGUCUGCUGAGUCUAUUUUUGGAUCAAUAAAGUUUGUUUUGUCUCAGA